GUCAUUUCAAGAAUGAUAUUGGAAGAAAUCAAUCCACCAACUCAGUAAACAAUAUAGUGUGUAAUAUAUAUUACAUUUUAUAUUGUCAAGAGCUGUUUCUCAAAGAACAUCUUUAAUAUUGGAAUGGAGGCCGUUUUACAAAAUCUACUGAAGUUGUUUAAAGGUUGGGGUUUUUUUUUGAAGACUUUCAUUAAGGGGGGAAACCCCAAACCUGACACUGACUUUAAUGGGAAGUAUUGUGUAUUCUUUAAUCUAAAAGGAAUCCAAAUGGCUUCUAGAUUAAGUAUCUGCAGGAUCCAGCAGUCAAAUGCAAAAUACUGCUCCACCAAGCAGAAGGCUUCAGAGUAAGACGUCAGGGGCAGGUAAAGCAGAAAAAAUAUUUCCCAUUGAAGCCGUGGGAGGCGAUGUGGGACAAAGUAACAAAGUUACUUCAGAGGAACUGACAGUUACUGUCACUGUUCCUUGAUUUCCAUGUGGCUCUGCAAGCACCUCUCAGCCCUCUCUGAGAAACACCAAGGUGAGCCUGGGAAAUAAAACUUCCAGUGGACAAUUUAUGAGAGAAGUCUGUGAACUGAGAGCAAGAAAUUUAGGCGAAACAAAUUAACAAAAUACUUCAAAAUGUGUCAAAGGAUCCACCUGGGUAUGUGAAGUGGGUGUAUGGUGGUCUACAUACAUCUGCUCCAUUGUGGGAAAUGAAGAACAAUUAAUCCCAAAAUAACCCAGAGCUUGGCAUUAACCUGGGAAUUGUUGGAUUGAAUUCACUCUACCACACAGAGGAUGUGUUUCAAACUUGAGGAACUUAAAUUCAUAAGCAAUUUUGGAUCCUUCCAGAUGGAAGGAUUUAAAGGACUGACACAAGCAUUUGUGUGUUGCAAAACACAGGAAAAAUUUCUGAGCGAAUUAAUGCUGAGUACCUGGCUGGCUGUGAUAUAUGAAAAACCUGAUUCUGGGCCAGAGCUGAAAGAUAUGAAACUGGAAAAAAAGGUGAUGAUGAUGAUGGUGUUCCCUGCCUACUGCUUUGUGUCUCUGCUCGUGCCAAGGCUCCUGCUGUCAUCUGAGGGGUUAAGGUGACGUAAGGCAAGUGCACAGGAGGCGGUGUUGUUCUAGCAGUGUAAGCUAUAGCUGGAAGGACCUGACCAAGACAAGAAUAAGAUCUCCAGAGCACUGAGUUGUGUGGUGAGAGUCACACUGGCUGGCUCCUGGAUCUUUGUUCAUUUACCACUUUAAAGAGACUGGAUGCCAGCCAGCUGCUGGCUCUGUGAGGAGGCGAAGGAACGGGAUGAGUGUGUUUGCAAAGGGCUUUGCAAGUGGUAAUUUACGGGACAGUCACAAACAAGCGUAGCACCUAAAUUUCACCUCAGCAAUCCCUUCCCCAGCCGCUCACACUGACCACAAAACACAUCUUGAACAGCACAGAGAGCUCACGCAGAGCUGCACUGAACGUGUGCGUGCCUGCGCUGCAGAACAAAAAGGGGCACUGGAAGAGCCCCCGUCACCUCCCUGCCUGCUCGGAGCAGGCAGGGGUGAGCUGCGAGCAGCCAGCAGAGAUCUGCGGGAGCCUUGCUCUGAGCUGGGGAGUGCAGACCAGAGCCCAGGCAGAAGCUCGGCGUGAGCAGCUCAGCUCAGCUCACCACCUUUCUCCCUCCAGCACCUCUCCUGGAAAUGGCCUUUCCCUUGAAUUUCACAAUUCUUUCUUGAAGCCAUUGCUGGGCUGUGCAAUCCUUUCCGAAGUGACAAUCUGUGCGUCACCGUGGGAGGCACGACGGCGGGAAGGCUCGGGGCCAGGACGGCAUCGCAGUGGGGUCGGCUUCAGGCAGCCGAGAAGACACCUUUGUAAGGAGCAAGGGCCUUCAUGGUACCACACCAAAGAUGGCGGCCCAGACGGAAGUGGCUUCUGCCAGUACAAAAAGGAUAAAGUCAAGUGAUGCCACAUCAAAGGUGGCAUCUCACUCGGCAGUUACUUCCGCCAGUACCAAAGAUGGCAGAAAAAAAAAAACCCCACAAACCCCGUGGUCACAUGAUGCCACACUAAAUAUGGUGGCUGAUCAGAAAAUAACUUCUGCCAGUACCCACUGGCAGUACCAGUACCACGAGCAGGAAGUCACGUGAUGCCCCACCAAAGAGGGCGUCUUAACAAAAAGUGACUUCUGUCAGCACACAAGAUGGCGGAUUGCACAGGAAGUCACGUGAUGCCACACCGAAGAUAGCUGAUCGGCACGAGCCUUAUUUGACCUUCCAAAAAUGGCGGUAUUUUGCGCAUGCACCUUGGGUAGGGGAGGAAAUUGCGUCCUAGAAGGACCCCUCGCCUUUCAAAGACGUCUCUCCGAUUGCCUGAAGCCGACCCCAACGCCGACGCCGAGGCCGCGCUUCCAGCGCGAUUUUCCGCGGCGUUUCCCGGUGCGUGGUCAUGGGCCAUGGGAACAGGGGCCGUGGGCCAGUGGCGCCGGGAGCACCAGCAGGAUGCAGCUGCUCUUUCGCAGGAGCUUUGUGGCACAAAUUCCAGUGAUGGGAAGAAUCUGGAAGCAGCUGGAUUUCACACAGUGGAGGUUGUGGCUUUUGCACCAGAGAAGGAGCUGCUGAACAUUAAAGGCAUCAGUGAAACCAAAGCUCACAAAAUCCCUGCUGAGGCAGCCAAACUGGCUCCAGGAUUUCACUACAGCACAGAAUUUCACCUGCAGUGGUCAGAAAUCAUCCAUAUCACCACUGGCUCCAAAGAGCUGGAAAAGUUGCUUCAAGGAAAAAUAGAAACAGGAUCCAUAACGUUAUUUGGGGAAUUCCAUAGUGGGAAGACACAGCAGUGUCCCAGCCUGGCAGUCACUGGUCAGUUACCCAUAGACUGUGGGGGCAGUGAAGGAAAAGCCACAUCCAUGGACACAGAGGGGACCUUCCAUCCAGAGCAGCUCCUGGCCAUGGCUGAAAGGAAUGGCCUCUGGCAUCAAUGCCCUGGACAAGGUGGCCUCUGCCGGGGCUUUACCAGCGACCGCCAGGCCCAGCUGCUGGGUCAGGCUGGAGACUGAAAACUCCUUUUCUCCCCCUGGAUCUCCAGUCCGUGUCCCAGAGAGGCUCCUUUCCUGCUGGCACCGCAGGAACGCUCCCAAGGCAGCGGGCGGAGGGACCCGUGCGGCUCAGCGUGGGAACCGCCGGGACGCGCCGAGCAGAGCCGGAGCUGUGGGAAGAGAUCUCCCUCUGGGCUGCAGGCACAGGGCAGGGCCGGGAGCUUCCUGGGCAGCGUUCCCACAGCAUUUCCCUGCCAGUCUCCCUGGAUCCCGCCCUGGACACGGUGCAGACAAUCUCGGUGGCCACAGCUGGGAGCUCGGUGAAUUGGAAGCAAAGCUGAAGGGUUUGUCCACCAAGAGAGGUGGUGAUCUGUAGAGCAAAGUAGAGUGGUAUUCCACAUGGGGAAUUUGGGAUUUGGGAUGGUCCCAAUCCAUACUCCAUAAUCUUUCUGUUAAUUUUCUUUUGGAUGCUGCAGCCUGCUGGGCUGAGGGAGCUGCUCCUUUCUGUUUCUAUUUAAUUUUCUGUAUUUCAUUAAUUCUCUGUGGAAAUCUGCUUUUAAUAAAAAGGCCCAGGAGGAUA